AUGUCGGACGACGACGGGCUGCGCGACAGCGACUCUGAGGAUGAACCCCAAGGGCAAAACGUAGAGGAAGAGGAAGAGGAGGAAGAGGAGGAGGACGAGGAGGACGAGGAGGAAGAGGACGAGGAGGAGGAGGAGGCCGAGCCUUCGUCCGAGGAAGAUUCUGAUGAUGGCGGUGGUCGGAGCAGGAGGGCAAGCAGCAGCAGCAGGGGCAAGAAGCGGGCCAGGGAGGCUCCGCCGGCGGCCAAGAAGAAGUCGCGGAGGGGGGACAUGUCACGGUUUUACGAUGAGAUGGCGGAGGUAGACGAUGACGCCGAGGAGGACUACGACGACAAGGACCGCGCUAACGCGAACGAGCUCACCGCCAUGGAGAGAGACAUGCACGAGCGGAUCGCGCGGCGGCAGGAGCAGAGCAAGGCCUUCAUGGAGCAGCCCCUGGAGGAACAGGCCAAGCAGACAAUGAGAAGGCUCGGCGUGCGUCUUCCGGAGUCCCGCAAUGACCUAGGAGGUCGCAUCGACGACGACGACGACGACGAUGACGACGACUUCCGGAUGGGACCGGGCGGCGGGGGGGG